CAAGGCUGCUUGAGGAGGAAACGGUGGCGAGAGACACAGGUUUGCGAGCGCUGAUCAUCAUGUCACUUCAGGGAGAUCCAGUGUAGGAGAUGCGCGCAGUGUUGAGCCUGGCAGCAGUGGCAGUCCCUAUGGGUGUACUGCUGUCCCGGACCAUGGCGUGGAUGUCAAGUGGCAAAACACAUCCAGAGCUCAUAAGCAGGCUGAGGGAUCAUGGGGUGAUCCACAGCGACAGAGUAUUUGAUGCCAUGCUGGCUACAGACAGAGGGCUCUACUCUAGAGAUUAUCCUUAUGCAGACUCUCCUCAGUCCAUAGGCUACAGGGCAACCAUCAGUGCACCACACAUGCAUGCCCAUGCUUUGGAGCUGCUAAGCGACAAACUACAUGAAGGGGCGUCAGCACUGGAUGUGGGUUCAGGAAGUGGCUAUCUCACCGCCUGCUUUGCAAGGAUGACAGGAUCCAGUGGUAAAGUGGUUGGCAUUGAACACAUUGACGAACUGGUUCAAAUGUCAAUAAAGAACGUUCAGCUUGAUGACCCAGAGCUGCUCUCCUCAGGACGCAUCAAACUCAUGGUGGGAGAUGGAAGGCUUGGGUACCCUGAGGGAGCGCCCUAUGAUGCCAUUCAUGUUGGUGCAGCUGCAGCUACUGUUCCUAAAGCUCUCUUGGAGCAGCUGAAGCCAGGCGGACGGUUGGUGCUCCCGGUGGGCCCUGACGGUGGCAGUCAGGUGCUAGAACAGUAUGAUCGUCAGAGUGAUGGGACCUUUCUCAAGAGAGCUUUGAUGGGAGUGGUCUACGUCCCCUUAACUGACAAGAGGCAUCAGUGGCCUGGGAGGUGGCGUUGGUGCUGCAUCUCCGGGGUCCCGUAACACUUCGUAUGUUUUCACUGAGCUCUAAGGCUUACGGCCACCUGCCCCGCUGGUUUGUCACCUAGCAACACACAAGGAGGAACUCGCUCUGUUUGCCUGACCAGAUUGUCUUCCUACAGUAGAGUGCUAAACAGUGACAGACUGAAUGACUGACUGCCACUGAACUGUCUCCUGAUGACCCACAGUCCUUGUAGUCAGAGAAUAGUUGUAGACAACGAGAUAGUGGAUGAAAAACUAAAGGUUGUCUUAAGUUUUAGUGAUUCACAGAAUUAUUUGUGAAGUUUAGCAGUGUGAACUUUGCAAUUACAGCUUCAAACCUUUCAUUAUGUGUUCUUCUGGAUGCUUGUGAGGUAUUCAGAUAAAUAGUUAACUUAAAUCUUGUGUUAUCUUAAGGGAAUACUUUGGUUUUGAAUGCAGUCAUAGUUGAUGAUGAACCCAAGUUCAAGCCAAGGAUUAUUAAGUAAAAGAAUAGCAAAUUAACAUAAGUAAUUUCUAUUUCAUGCUAAGUAUUGCUACUUUCUAGUUUCAAAUACUGUAUGUAUAGAAUAUCUUUUGUUUGACACUGUAAUCCAAGAGAGCAGGAGGGAGGCUGUGCCAAACAUGUUUCAUUUUGGCACAAAUUGUUGUUAUGUGUAUGCUUAUCAAAUUUAUUAA